AUGGGUAAGGCAACAACGUCGGAGAAACUGGAAGACUGCUCCGGCCAGAAUCGACGAACACGCGGCAGCGGUGCGGAGAAAUGUCGCCAAGUCGCGGCCUAUUUGACGAGACCCGGCCACACAUUAAAGUUCGAUGAGGCCGAAAUUCUCACGAGAAGGGAUAAUCGCGUGAGCCGCGGGUUGCUUGAGUCACAGUUCACGGGAUCUCAGUCUAUCAACAAGUGCAACGAUAUCUCCACUCGAUAUUCCGUGACCACUCGAGGAGCGCGCAAGCCGGUGAGCCAGACGGCCGAGCAAUCAUCACGCCAGCAUCCAACACCGGUGAUGAGAUUUCCGCAAUUAACAACUUGUCACUUUUUAAUUUCCUCAGGAAUUAUCUAUUAACUUGGAGUAUAUCAGUUUAUUCAAGGUCUAUAGGCACAGACCGAGAAUUUUAUGUAUGAAUAUUUGGGUUGAAGUCCAUCAGACACAGCGGAUAGCCGCGUAAUAUUCAUUAACUGCCGACAGGCUGCCAGUAGUAUAAUUUAGGGUAAGGUGAUUCCAUACUAACAGCACAAGGCGAAACACGCAUGUAUGGCCUUUGGCUAGUACCUGUGCUGUUAGUAUGGUAUCACCUUACCCUAAAAUUAACAACUUGCAUGCCGACCAUCAAGCAAUUAGCUCACCAGCGGACAAUAAUUCUUGAUGAAGGGGGAGUGUGGUUAAUUAUCGUAGGUAUCCAGUAGCAUAGCGACUGCAUCCUAUAAAUACUGCGACUUCCUGUGCACGGAUCACCCAUUUCUGUCACUGUUUCUGAUGGUGGAUUCAAGUGAGAAUCCGAAACGUCAGGCGAAUAAAGCCCUUGUGCCAGCGAUCGCGUCUACUUCUUAUCAAAUGUGUUUUUGCCUGCUUUUUACGUAAAGGAAGUUUGCUGGACCGACACGGUGAGGGUGUAACGUUAUAUCGGGGAGCACUUUCAAGCUACCUCAUUUUGUACACUCUCCUGCCUUUAUUUUCCUUCUGGUAGCCCUGCCUUUUAGCCCGCAGUACGUUACGUUUCCAAUUUCGGCUAGAUCCCAGUUGAUAGCCAGGAAUGGGGAAGCGGACGGCGACCUUAACCCUAGUCCUAACCUUAACACUAACACUAACCCGAACCUCAACCUUAAAAGUUAACAGUUAACCUUAACCGGCAACCCUAACCCUAACCGAAAUCGUAAACGUAGCCCAUAGGCAGAGCCGUAACCGGAAAACCUAACCGUAACACUGAGACCUAAUCGUAAGCUCAAACCCUAGCCGUAACCCGAAAACCUAAGCCUAAAGGCAUAACCCUAACCCGAAAAUCGGACACAAUUAACCGGUACCCUAAUCCUAACCUCAAACGUAAAACAGAAGCCAAAAGGGUCAGAUGUGAUUAUGGAACUCCACAAAAUAUCCCUAGUAAACAACCCCCCCAAGCCACCUGUAAUAUGGGGCCUGGCUACCAACUGCGAUCUAGCCCCAAUUUCUUUUGUUUUAUACUCUCUUUGUCCGCAUUCCGUCUCACUGGACAAUUUCUUUUCAGUUACAAUUAUUGGAGCAGACUAUACGGAACAGCAGGCUCACGAGGCCCAAGUCGUUUGUUACGAGACUGCAGGCUGACUGUGUCUAAGACAAACUUUUGUAGAUUUACCUCGUUGCGCUGAUAAGCACAGGCGCAAAAACAUUCCGAAACCCUAAAAUUUGUAUGCAUUGAGUCUUAUUUUCUACGUAACUGCGCCAACACGACUUGUAUCCCAUCUUUCAGGCAGACGAAAUUUUGCUCACUGCUCGCAUAGCCUUUUUUGCGUUAGGUAGUACCUACACAUCAUAGAUAGUCUCCCUUUGCCUUGUGCACGACAAAGACAUUUCGAAAGACUUAGCAGGUCAGAGGGAGGUCGGCGUUUAGGUUCAGUGAUCGAUUCUACACUCAAGAACCUUGUCUCUAGGUAAGUAUAUUUUAAGGGUAAUAGGCAAUGCCUUUGAAAACCCUAUUGUAAACGGUACAUGCAAUAUGUAACUUUCAAUGAACAUAGUACUAAAAUGUUGUCAGUAAUAUAUACACUUAACAGAAUAUGUUUCUUUGAAAUUGCAAGACCUAAUCUCGAGAACAUUCAGUUGUAGAUGAUAUCGGUAAAAUGAAAUGAAAAUCAUCCGAAUUAGCCGUAGGUGUAUGCAAGGCGUUGCUUUGGCACAACAGAGCUGUUCUGUCCAGACAAGCGAUAUUUUCCAAGCAAAUAUACGUCUAGUCUUUGCUUGAAUGUGUCCGUGGUGUCCGCCAUUAUCACGUCCUCGGGAAGUCCGUUCCAGGCACCGACGACUCGCUGUGAAAAAGAGUAUCUGCGAACGUCCAGGCAGCAUCGGCAUCCUCUAGGCUUUAGAUAUUUCCCACGCAAGCUUUUUGUUGUGACGAGGGCGAAGUAAUCACCCUCAUUCGGCCUCAACUUGAAGGCACUUCGUCCCUGUUCUGUUUGCAGCGAGAGGCGCUCAGAGUAGACUGACCACAGACGUUCCCUUCAAAUGCCGGUGUUCGAUUGGAAAAUCAUAACCGAGGAAGUAUUCUUCAACAGAGUGAGUGAGAAACGUACCAACUUCCAAAUUAAAAGAGCAGACCAUCUCCUGUCAUUCGGAUGAAAUAAUCGGCUUCUUUAUAUAUGCUACUCAAUUAAAGUGGGUAGGGCAGUUAUAUGGUACUACAUUUUCGCAUGUUGAGUGAGAUUGUGCUGUCCUACCAUUGGUCCGCCUUCGAAACACAACAUACAUCCGACGUGGUAUUCGCUUUGCGAUCUCUCGGUCGCAGAUGCAUACCCCAAACCAUUCGCUCGUUUUUGAAAAGUAUUCGAAUUUGAAGUAAAAAACGAUAAGUUCUUUGGGCAGUUCAAAGUCCUUUGUCACACAAGAUUUGAAAAUGAUAAACACUGCACAAGAAACGGUUUUUAAUGCCAUCAUCAGAUUUUGAGCACGCGCUUCCACCGUUCUGCUGAAAAGGUUACUGAGGCAGAUGAUAGUGAUCCUAGUCCGGACGCCCGUUGCAACACUGCGUGUCUCUUGCGUAUCAGUGAUAGUUUGGUUAUUGGCUAAUUACAGUUAUCCAACCCGGCCAAUCAACUCCAAGGCCGACGCAGAUGUGCCCUCACCGAAGGCGCUCUGAUGCCUGCCCCGGCGGCACUCGGACGCUUACUCUCACGUCCAUUUUCCAGUCUACACUAACCCAUUCUCCGUUUCUUCUGCUCUCCCUACUGGCGUCAAAUUUCUCUUCCUAUUUGGCACCAGGCACGAAGGUUGUAGUAGCUAGGGUCUGAGUAUGGCUUAACCUGCCACGAUAAAAUACAACCUCUUCAGAUGUCCAACUUUGCUAAUUUAUUUCCCAAUAUCUUCCAUCAAAGCCAUUUUAACGUUUUGGUCAACAUGUACCCAGAUAUCUGAAGUCCGAUUCUGGUGGUUCAGGUGAAUAUGGGGUCAGUUGCAGUCAAGAUCUGUCCCUCGAGGGACAGAAAUCAGCUCGUUUAAGAUCUAACUGUACAAAUCUAUUAUUUACGUUCAUAUGGGACGGUGAAGUUGCAUCUCUGUGGAUACUAAAUCCGAUAAAUAUAGUUUCCGUGAAAAUACUGCUACAAUACUGUACAGUGUCUCUGGCACAUGCUUGCAUGCGGGCAUCUGCAGCAAUCUUUCGUCUGACAUUAUGCAACACUUUAUGAUGCUUCUAACAACGUCCAUUUACUCCGCAGUCUGUGACUCUGAGUGCCAUUACCAACAAAUCUUCUUGGUCUUUUCAGCAAUACCGGUUUAUCCAACUGCACGUGCAAGUUACCGUACGCUAACUGGGUACACAAUUACAAUGGAAAUCAGCGGUCUAAAAAACAAGCUGACGGCGUCUCCUACGGCAACCGCCAGAAAUGUUAGGUGGCUAGUCAUUGAUAAAUACCUGGGAAUAGGCUGUGACAUGCUGGUAGCAAAGAAGCGAGCCCCAAGUUUCUCAUUCCAAUCGGACCUAAUAUUGACUGGUGGCUGUGCGCCUUGCACUCAAGUCACGUGCGCGACGAUCGAAUGAGCGCACGCUGAUAGGCUAAUCGAUCGGACGACCUACUUCCUUUUUCGCGCACACUUGGACGCCAAUUCCUGGUCUGUCUGCUAUCCACCUCGACGUGACCCUUUUGUUGCUGUGUGCCCCCCUAGUAGCAAACUAUAUGGAGACGAUAUCUAUUGGAUAUCUAUUUUCCGAUCCGCAAUAUCGAGUAGAUAUCACAGAUAACGGCUAUUCCUUGAACGCUAGCAUGAUGGAUCAUUUCGUCAACUUAGAUUCCUGUUUCCUGAAGGUACCUAAUCUCAUUAACUAGUGACCGACAGUACUCGUGAACAUCAGACGGCUUUCCACCGCCACAUGUGGCAUCUACUGCUGUAGAUGCCAACUGGGAAGACAUUACUUAUAAACCGACGGACUGCUCUGCCUAGUAUGGGCCACAUUUCAGUCUGAUUUCUUACAGAUGGGGAGGCCGUCUAUAGCGAACUGAACGUGCACAUCAUUUGCUGCGGAAUGAGAAUACUUACGAAAGCGCAAAAAUUCGCAAAGCUGCCUUUCAAGUUCUUUAUGCAAGUAUUCGCCGCUACUCAUCGGGGCUACCUGCAAAUCGUACGAGGCCCCCAAAAGAGUUCUAGGGUCGGCAGGGAGUUCAGGCACGAGGAGGCUGCAAAACAGCGCGCGUAGGCAACCGACGUCUGGGGAAUACACAAACUGGCGCCUAGAAAAUCUUGUCAGGAGUGGGAUUCGAACCCACGCCCACAGAGUGGACUGCGACCUGAACGCAGCGCCUUGGACCGCUCGGCCAUCCUGACACGUCUGCGGAGUUUAGUAAUUUUAAUGAUAAUUUAAAGCUUUGAAAUUGUGAGAGAAAUCGAGGCGAUUGUCUUUUUCUGCUUUAUUGAAGCCAGGAGUAAAAACAGAUAUGCAUUCAGGAGACACACACCUUUUCCUCUGUAUUUUUUGCUUAUGGAAUAUAUAACUGAAUCCUUUAUUAACUGUAUAACUGCCUCCCUUUCUUUCGUCCGUACCUGAUUCGGACUCAGUUACCUGGACAACACUUCCCAGUCGACCAUGAACUGAAGACUUUCACAUUUUCCUCAGCCUAUUAAUUAUUCAUUGAUGAGUUUAUCAUUAGUGAUCAUAUAACUUCUUAAUAAACCAUUUUGUCCAUUAACCUCCGAACGGCCUACUGACUGGGCGGAUCAUUGCGCUAGAAUGAUAGAAAGGACUCAAGACCACUCAAUUUUAGAGCUUUUUUAUCACAGUUAGGUAGUAAAAGAAUGAGAACGGACAGACGAUACAACCACUGAAAAUACCUAUGCUAUCCUGGACAAUACGUUACAUCGGAAGAGAAGCUUUGACUCGACUUGAUUUCAGUUUUUUAAAUGAAAACUGAAAUCGUCUAUUAAUAGACGAUUAAGACUUAAAAUACUCCACCAAUAAGGAUGCCUAAUUUAAUAUACACCGCGGACUGUCUUGUGCAUUAAACUCAACAUGAAAACAUUUGGCGCAUUCUCACACCAUUUGAGCUUUCUGCACAUGUCGCCAUUUGAAAUAUCUGUCACUGUGCAUAGCAUAAAAAGGAAAUUUGGAAAAUCUCCAUUUAUCUACUUUUUCGACGGUCUGAUGCAGGUUUUCGUGUCAUCGUUCUCUCAAAUGCUAACAUGGAAAUUGUAAACCACCAAGUCCGCACAGUGAACACGUCUCCGACGACGAAUACAGCAAUAAUACUUUCGUAUUUGAGGGUAGUGGGAAUGGUACUGUGUACACUUAUACACAGGCAGUAUAAAACGUAGGCAGUUGCAUAUUGUUCGAAUUUAUUGAAUGUGUGUUGUUUGAUGCAGCGCAGAAGCAUGACUAUUAAAACGCGUUGGGAAUACGAGAAGAAUUUACUACAAAUGCGACGCAGAAUCCCUAAUUACUUCACAACUGCCUCGGAAGAAUUACACGGAAUAAGCAUCAAAUCCCCUUAAUAAACGCUACCGGGACGUGGAAACCGUUGAAAGCAGAAAUAAAGCUGAGUAUUUUUCGCAGAUUUCCCAAUCCCUAUGAAUACACGAUGCAAAGCUCCUUCUUUUUCCACAGAGGAUCUGCCGACUCCGCCUAUAAAAAUAUCCAUUUUCAAACCUUAUCCGAAGAGGAUUAGAGGCAUUAACAGAGAGAGUCAUCGAGAGUGGUAUUACUCGGGGUUCAGUACUAGAAUCCAUUCUAUUUAAUACAAAUGGGGAUUGCGCAAUAUGUUUAGAUUACGAAGUUAAAAGGUUUUGCUGACGACAUUGAAAUUUGGAGGGUAAUCCGGGGCAUGUCCGUCGAAGACGAACUGCAUAUCAAUCUAAGCAGACCGGAUAAGCGGUCGAAACGCUAGUUUACGCGAUCCUGUAUCGGUAAGUUUAUCACACUUUACCUAAACUGACCAACCAUAUCCGCCGGCACAAAACAAAUCUUUCGCGAUGGUGCUAUUUUACAGGACAUGGAGGCCCCAAGGUACCCCGGCAUGCUAACGACGAGCUCCUUAAAACCGUCUACCCAUUACUCGAGGGUGAUAAAAAGAGCAGUGUCCGCGUUGGACGCCAUCGGGUUUAUCCUCCGAAAUUUUAAAACGAGGGACAUUCGAAUGCGCCUUUUCAACAUGUACGUUAGACCUGGUCUGGAAUACUGUUCGUUUUCAUUUAGCCUCAUGCGUGCUACUGAGCAGAAGAAAAUAGAAUCCGUUCAACACUUUUUUACCAAGAGAAUUUUAACCCCGGAACACCGACAUUUGUCUUACCAAGAACGUUGCCGGCUUACAGGCCUCGAUCCCUUAUGGUUCCGUAGAUUACAAAAGGGACUAUUUUUGCUAUUUAAAAUCUUAUAUAAUCACACAUUUAACCCACUCACCUCUUUAAGACAUCAUAUCCACCCACGACGUAACAGUCACCGUGAGGUCUUUUUAUUUCCGCCUCUGGCACGUACUGUUAAAUAUCGUCGGUUCUAUUCUGUAAAUGCAAUUGCUCUUUGGAAUAAACUACCAAUGAGUGUGAAAACUCUGCAAAAUUAUCCUUUAUUUAAGAGAACUAUUACUCGAUUUCUUGCAUUCAGAAAAGCUCCCACAAAUUAUGGGUGCUGAAUCUACUGAUCGACUGUACCGUAGCGAUGGCGUUUGUGGUCUCUGAACACUAUGGCCAGUCUCAUCAGCUGUUCCUCAACGCCUCUACUUUGACUAUCCCCAACUUCAUGAAAGGAAUUUGACGUCCGAUAAUCUCCGAUACCGUGCAACCUCCCCCCUUCUUGACGGUCGAUAUUCUCCCACCGCCGGCAGUUUUUUCUCCUGAACCCUCCAAACCACAAAAACCACCAUCAACUAUAUUUUUUUCACUGCUGGUCGGAUUUGUGUUUAAUCGCUUCCCUUGACAAUGCCUGUAAACUGGCAUUAAAUAAAAAUUAAUUUAUAUUUAUUUAUUUAAGAGGCUUUAACGAUUUUUAUGAAAGCCUCUCUUCCAAUAUCUUUAGAACAUUUCCGAGGUCGCGUGUGGUGUAAGUCACACGAACACGGAGACCAUGCGAAGUCCAAGAUCAAUACAGUCUCGAGAGAAUUCAGUAGAGGGCCAUUAAAAUAGUUAUGUGUCACAGCUCCUUGUCUGAUGCAACCGACCUAAGUCUCUUUACUUUGGGUUACAGUCGAACUCACGGAAUCUCUUAAAAUCCUCCGUUUUGUGAAGUUGGUUGGAAGUCUGGGUUUGACAACCUUUUUGACUUUGCUACCAUGACCAACCUCGGAGGUCGACAAAUCAAACUGCGCGUUCAGCAGGAAAGGCUGUAUGUGCGGAAGUUCUCCUUCUGCGUCUGGGCGGGCAAAGCAUGUAAUGCUCUACCUGCAAAUGGUGGGAGGUCAAUAUCGCUAGAAAGCUUUAAAAGGAGCCUUAGGAGGUUGAUGUUCAAAAAUGCCUCGAAUUGAUGGAAGAUUUUACUUUGCCCUUGCGGUUAACGCCCACAUUUUCACACUUUUAUGGACGCCUUCAGGCCAUUCGAACACUUAUCGUUUCUUUACAUACUACACCCAUCUUCGUGUUGCAAAUAGGUUCUCAAUGGUUCACGUCUGUUUUCAUCAAUAAACCGAACUGAACCGAAAAAAAUAUGAAGGAAUACAACUUAGAAUAUGGACUUCGGCGAUGGCUAUGGAUUAUUAUAUUAGGGAAAAGAAGAUGUACAGUAAGUGACAAAACGCAGUUGCCCUUUACACAGGACUGUAGUAUCAGCAGUCAGCAUGUUGUGUGGAAAUGUGCUCGGCUCUCGAGCUCCCAGUGCAGCCCUUUGGUACGUGCUUUACACGGCAUUUAAGACAUGUAAUGGCACCAUUGAUGUCCUGGAAGAAGAAUGACAGUGACUUCACUGAGCGAAUACAACGAAGGGCGACAAAAAUGGUGGGCGAUUGUAGGACACUGGCGAAUCCAGAAAGACUGUUCAAUCCCAAUUCUCUUCCCUAUUCUACAAACCUGAGGUUUUCAUAGUUUGCAAAUAUGAGUUUAUUGCGCGGUCAUCCGAACAAGGUCCUAGACAAACGGAACUUUUCUUUCGGCAAGCGCGUAUUUUGACCGCGUAACUUACUCUCAGGUGAAAUAAUGGCAUUGGAUACCAUGAUUGCACUGAAAGACAGUCAGAUUGUGGGGUUUUUGAUGGUCGGCAACCAUCGAUGCAGGAUUAUCUACGGCCAGCCGUGAACUAAACUCCGUGAUUUCAUUAGCUAUGCAACGCAUCCACGCAGGUUUGAUGUAAAUUGCUCCCGUAAACUUUGCAAGUGACCACAUUUGUGCUGCCUGAACAUAAUUGUGUUUACGGUCCCAACUGUACAUGCAUGUUUUCCUCUAGAGCUCUGUCCGUAACCCCAAAAAUAUGUAGGGAGUCCCGUAGUAUCACGGAGAGGAAACAUGAGGCGAAUAUGUAGCAUCAAUUACCACGCCGUUAAAACCCCGAAACAUGAACACAAACGAUUUUAUUUAAUUUUGCUGCUCAAAGAAUAGGACAAAAUUACCCAGGAAUAGAUGCUACAAGUUCAUUCUAGUCUUGGGCCAAACGAAUAAAGCCGACAAUUUGUACACACUAAAUAGUGUUGGAGAUAGGUUACUCUGAGCAUAUGGGGAUCCCGAGUGCACUACGCCGACUGGAUAAUUCAGUAUAAUUAAUUCAGUAUAAUUCAGUUUAUAUAAGGGAGAUAGGCAUAGACUUCAAAAACCCUAUUUACAGACAUAGACUGAAAAACGUACAGAUGCUUACGUAGAUAUACGGGUAUAUUUUAUCAUGUCUUAUCAAGUAAACACAUGACCAUCAAAUAAAAUAUCAUCAUGCUUUCGUUUAAAUGUCUCAAAGCUUUCCGCCAGAACAACUUAAUCAGGUUUGUUUGUUAGAUAUUCACAUCAAGCCCGGUCAUUUUAAUGAGCCCACAUGCGUUAAUGUUUGGCACGUUUAAGUGUAAAUUGCGUCAUCUGCAAAUGGCGCUUAUGGGGAAGGUUAACCUACUCACUCACAUGCUAACAGGAGUCUUGAUCAACCCAUGGCUACGUAAGAAAAACCUCCCGAUGAGCCAGAUUUAGGAAAACUCGGUAUGUACAUUACCUGCUAACUGACACAGAUUGCACACUUUGGCGUGUUGACCGCGAAAAUGGCCUACACUAGACCAUAUGAAAAAUGGGUUUUGGAUGAGUGAGCGACGUCAUAGUGGUUGUUUGGUGCACAAUGAUUUUUGAAAUCUCUAGGCUAUGAAAGAGACAAAUGAAAAGUCGAUUAGCGAGGAAAACCUGGUGUUUGUUUCCACGAAUCUUUUUUCUCUCAGAUUCUUUGUGGAUAUUCCGAAUAAGUAAGGGCUCUUUGUGGGGCCUCUGCGUUCGUGUUUAAGUGUCCGUAGAACCUCAUAAAAUUGCAAGCUUGGGAAGACCUGUAAAGGUCAACCAGAAUGCUACAUGGCUAUACGUCAUAGUUAGCUCCACUUAGAGGAAGAGCGACUGCCAUUAUAACUACUCGUCUGUCUACUGCCAAGAGCACCUAUUUGAUACAGGAUAAAGAGUGACUCGAGCAGAAAUGUGUGAAAACUUUCAAGGCCCUGCUACGUAGUUUCUUUCCGAUAGAUGUUAAGUGACUUUACUAUAACUUGUGUGCAAAUACCAUCAAGAAGUCGACGGAGUAUUUAAAUCCCUAAAAAUUGUAGCUUCCCGUGUAGUGGGCUAUGGUUAGUUUAUUAAUUACAAGUCGUAGGUGAAUUGCUCGCCUGAAUAAUUACACGCAUAUUCAAGCGAGAUGGGACGUAUGGCUAUCUAAAUAAGAAAAUCAUUAAAAUGUGUGCUCUGGGAGAUCUCUUCUGAAGCAGGUGAAGCUGUGUCUACUCAGGAUAAUCAGUCUAAGUCAGUCUAUCAAGGGAAUAAGACUUUCGCCCUUGAGCUCCCUAUUCAUAUCCAAAAACAGCAAAAUAGUCGAUCGUAACAGCAGUAAUUCUGAAAACUCAAAGGUCAUCGGUAUGUACGAGCGAGCCGCAAACUGCCGCCACUAAAACAGUCGUGGUCAUAUGUGCAGUAGUUUCUCAACCAAUUAGCGUCUAGUCUGCAUUUAAAGGAGUAAACACCUUGGGAUAGAACCAGCACGUCAGGGAGUGCAUUCCUUGCCCCAAAGACCGCCUGUGAGAAGGUGUUCCGUCGGACACCUGUAUGGAAAAGCUUCCUCUGUAGUUUAGAGUGAUGACCAUGCAGGCGGUCCGGCCAUGCCAAUAAGAAGAAGUCGUCAAAGACUAGGUCACAUUCACGGUCCCUGACAAUUCGGUAGGGUUGAGCAAGCACGCCUCGCAAAUUUAGUUCAGCCGGUCUGGUUUCGUAAGGCAGAUGACCAAGAUUCUUGACCAUCUUCGAAGUCAUCGUUUGCACUCUUUCCGACUGUUUAUAAUCCCCCUUGGACCACGGACGCCAGGCUUGGACGGCAUGCUCUAAGUGAGACCGAACGAAUGCUCAAGGGUUUUUCCGAACAGCCCCUUACCGAUCUGCACAAAUCUUUGCGCAGCGCAAAUGAUAGUCUAUCGCACGCUUGACUGUCCUUCGACAAAUGACGAUGGUUUAAGGGAGGAGGUCAUUAGGACGCUGAGGUUUUUCUGUUCCAAAACAUUUGGAAGGGGUUGCCAAUAAAUGAGAUUUCGGAAGGAAUCAUCCUCCUCACUGGUCCUUCUAGUGCAGAGUCUCGGGACUACACAAUUGUCCACGUUAAAGUUUAGGAUUCCACGAGCUGGCCAACUGCUCAGCCGGCGCACGAUCGGCGCGAUGCGCUCCGAUCGGCCCGGCGAUGGGAAACCUUCGCCCUUCGGGAGGCCUCUACGUAUUCGCAGAUCCGGUUCUCUUUUGUCUCUGAUGAUGGAUUCGAGUAGGAAUCCGAAACGUCAGGCUAAUAAAGCUCUUGUCCCAGCGAUCGUGUCUCCUUCUUCAAGCCCCUAGGUACGUCAGGUGUGAUGGCUCUCCACAGGUUAACACAGUCAGCAAACAUGACGGCGUUGCAUUCCAGGUCGUCAGCGCAGUCGUUAAUGUAAACUAAGAUUAGUAACGACCCUAAGACGGAGCCCUGGGGACAGCAAUUAGAAUGGAGUUAGGGGUUACUUUGAGGCAUCAACGCAAACGGUUUUCGGUCUUCCUGUGAGAAAAUCUGUGAUCCAUGUCAGUAGCUUUCCCCCUAUUCCAACUUCAGACAGCUUUAAGAGUAAACGUUUGCGUGGAAAGCUGUCACAUGCCCUCUUGAAUUCCGUGUAGAUGACAUCGACAGUACCAUCCUCAGCCAGUGCGCGAGUCCACCGCUCGGUCGAGAGCACCAAAAUAAAAAAGGUUUGAGAGGUUCUGUCUGAGGCCACGCUGGAGCCUUGAGGGUAAGUGGUUCUCCUUCAGGAACUCCGUUGUUGUUUUCCUUAGUAUAAUUUUCAUUAGUUAACGGCAAAUUUAGGUGAGGCCGAUAGGCCGAUAAUUGUAAGCACUAAUUUGAGGUCAACCCUUGUAUAUCGGGUAGAUAUUUACUGCCUUCCACCCGAAUAACAGCCUUCACAAUUCGGAUGAUGUAUGAAUGAAGUGCGCAAGUAGUCUGCAGGGUUCGUUAGCCAAUGAUUUCAAGAAGUGGGCCGGUAUAAUGUCCGGACCCGACGAUGUUGAUUCUUUCGGAUUCUGUAGCUUUCUUUCCACGACAGAUGUCGGGAAAAGUAUGGAUUCAUAUAAUGAACCGGAAGUCAGAUGGAACAGCCCUAAAUAAUAACUUCCGGGUUUCAUAAUCCUGUAUCCUCUCGGUUUUUGGGAUACCCGCCGCAUGUGAUUUUUCACCUCAAGCUAUUUCCAUGACUCCACAAAGCAUACGAACUCUCCUUUCUGUCACUCUCCCACGUUCUCAGAGGCGUUUUUUGGCUCUGUACGCUAGAAGAGCCUGUCAGAAAAUAAAUAAUUUGGUUGGAAACUUUCCCACUUCAAGAUAUUUGCUCGACCUAAAGUUUUGUUAUUUCGCAUCAUUAUAAUUUGAUUCGCGUUGUACAACUUUUUGUAAUCCCGGAAAUGUGUGCAAAAAUUCGACUGCUAUAUCGGCUUUCUUUCCUAAUCGCCAUUCUUUUAACCAUAUUAGCAAAUAUUUUCAAUACAAUCGGAUUCAUUUCUCCAUUUUGGAUUGUGGCUAGGCAGGGCACUAAUAGUGGCUUCCAGAGGCUUGGAUUAUGGGAAGCCUGUUUCAACAAUUUCAUAUUCGCUGAAGACUAUAUUUCAAAAGCUUACAGCGGCUGCUGGUAUAUCUACCGUGAUGAGUUUAAAUACAUAAGAUUCUGGCUCGUCCCAAGUACGGUUUUUUGAAGGUUUUGACGUUUAGGAUGGUUUCUUACUGUUCAACUUCUUUCAAUUCUCAAUAUAACGUGCAGCCUUGGUGGACUAGUGCUUAUACUCCAGAAUGCAGCCGGGGUGGAAACUUUAUUUUGCAAGCUGUCAAAUGAGCCGAUUAUUAUCCUUCAAUCAAUUGUGGGUGAGGCUGCCUAUUUGUUGCAUUUACUUUUCACGAAUCCAUCGUCGUUGCAACGACGAUGUUUCGUACGCACAAAAAAACCACCUUAAUCCUUUAAACACAUGUUUUUAUUUGUUAUCGGUCACGUUUUUUUGAUUUUGAAGCUAAAAUGGCCACCACAAACGGCAUCGGAGCACGCUAGAUAUGCGUACACACCUAACCGCUAUACCUUGAUGGCAUCAUGGUGCACAGGGCUAGACAUCUGCUGUCUGCUUUGGUUUGCUGGCUAUUGUAGAGUCAGCAAUCUAAUUGGCUGACGGUGUACAGCCUUCGCGCGAAAAUGAUCCUUAAUGCCACACCCUCGCCCCGACGCUUACCCCAUGCAUUUUGCGCGUUAGGUCUGACGCCCACCUCCAAGAUCCUUCAGUGUCUCACGGCUCUGCCCUCCAGCUGGAGUAGGCAAGCAUAAGUGAAUUUGAAUGGGAAUCCUUCGCCUUCUGAUGACAUUGGCUUAACAAAGCACUCGACUUCAGCUCCACAAAACGCACUCGAUGUAUGCCUGCGAACGCAAACUCCAUUCACACAAAACAAGCCCACGAACAGGCGACCAGGCUAGCCCUGGGCGCAUAGAAUUCUACCAGGGUAGCUUCGAUUCUAUAGAAUCAAAGUGAAAUUACUUAGGCACCGUUUAGUAUGAAGACCAACUGCUGUCUCCUGGCGAGUCCAAUCACUUUUAUAGGGCAUGGAACUGUGGAAACAGUUAUAUGUUGAUCAAAUGGACCAGUAGGAUUUUGGAAAACGAAUGAGAUUUUUUGGAGUACCUCAGUUGAGAUUACGGUUGUCUUUUUUAAAAUAUUCGGUGAAAUUCUUAGCCUUCCAAGUGAAGCCAAACAAAUGAAUUUUAUUUACUUCGUGAAACUGGAUGGGAAUCUAGAACUUCGCGAAAGCUGCUGCACUAUUUUGUUAUCCGGUGUAAGCUGACCCUACUUUAGCCUACGUCAAAGUCUCGUAUUUUAACUUAAAUUUCAUGUUUACUCCAAACGAAGCAGAUAAACUAACUGCUUUUUAGGCUCUCGUUCUUCAACUAGUGUACCCAGGAGCCAGUUUUUCAAAUCUGUCGAACAUCCAUUUAAUACCGCGCCAAAGAAUUCAGCAAAUACCGACUGACUCAAAAAAAUCCCACAAAAGUUGAAUGAAUGUCUUGAUUUUAUUCGGAAGGUAGGGAUCAAUCUCAUAGAUACAAUCGCCAUGACAUCAGGGAUUCCAACCUUGUAUAAACCACAUAUUUCAGAUUGUCUUUAGGUUACAAUAGUGUGGCCAUUAGAAAACUACUGAAACGCUGUUGUAGAGGAAUUAAAGAAUAUACUCUCUUUGAAAUAACUCUUCCCAUAAUCUGCCCAUACACAGUCGAGAGAAGCACUUUGCUGACAAUUUCCGAGAUAUUUUUUAAAUGUUUGAAAUCCUCCUCUCUGACACGUAAGCACGUAUAUACUUGCCUGAUUUUUUCCGGCGCUGAAUGGGUAAGGGCGCAGUCGACACGUUUCCGAGUGCAUUUUACGCGGAAGAAGCAUCGAAAAAGUACAUGACAACCAUAAAGCUCUCAGCAACCAGCAGAUAUUUCAUUCUGACAGAAUAUCUGGCAUAACAUAAUUUCAUUACAAAUAAGACGCACUACUAUCUCGGCUAACUAGCCGACUGGGACGAUUUGAUUUAGUCUGCCAAACAGGGGCUAGUUCAGACAGUCGCUGUUAUCACUUUCGCCUUCGUUUGAAGUGCGAACGUAGCCAAGGUAGGAAAGCUCAUUUUUGCAUAUCUGUCGAAGGAUGCCGCUGAAGACCUGUACGACACCUCAGCUUCCUUCAGUCUUUUUCCCAACUUGUAUGAGAAAUAGCAGGAUGAAGGAGUGUGCUUAAAUCCUCGUUAUUUUUAUUCUCGUUAAGUUGGCUCUUUGACCGUAAUUACCACGUACGUGGGGAUCAUGUCCAAGGACCGCGAAUGGAUGCCCUACUCAGAUCGAAACACUGUCUCCUGGGGCUUCGCCUUCGCUGCCACCGCUGGCGUCCUGACUCUUCUGAGCAUCUUUUGCCUCGUUGUGGACCAACUUGCGGAUUACAGCGAACGCAUCUACCAAAAACUGCUGGCCGAGAGAGGCCUCAUUCCACUCGCUGGCGAACCCAGCGGUGCCGUCUCGGGGGCCUACGGUUUGGGAUCAGGGUCUGGCUUCGAGAUAGGUCCAGGUUCGGGGCCGGGACUGGAGUCCCACGCCGGCGUUCCCUCUCUCUUCCUCACCGGUUCGGUGCCUUCAGUUGGCCAAUUCGGGGCACCGCCGGGACGUCUAUCUUCUCUUCUCGGUGGACCCUCUCGAGGGAUGCCAGGUGCAAGCGCCCUGGGUACCAGAAGUUCUGCCUUCCAUGGGGAAUCUGGAGUCUCCAUACCCAUUUUGGGUCAGAAGACGGAGUUUCCCGGCACGUCGGGAGCAGUGGCCUCAGCGAAGUUACGAGAACAGUUACAAACGCAGAGGCCUCCAACAAGCGGAUAUGGGGAGUCCGGUAUGGUGGUUGCAGCUGUCAGUGGCGAUGUUGGCGGAUCUGUGAUUUCCCUCAGCCUGAGACAAGCUCCUUUGACUUCCACUGCAGCCGACAACGCUGUGACAUACGCCGCAGGGGGCAGGCGUGCUCCGAUUACUCAUGACUCGGCUGUUUGA